UCUCUUCUUUUUGUGUCAAUCCCCCAAGUAAAAGCGUUACUGAACAAUAAAAACUUGAAAUACAAUCAAGACAACUCGUACAACGUGAAUAUUUCAUUACAUUUCGUUAAAGAAAGCAGUCAAGAUCAUGCCGUCCCGUCGUAAUGUACAGCCUGCUGAGAAUGCUCCUCCUCUGCGUCGUAGCGAGCGGAUUAGGAUGCGCAAUCAGGCAGCCCAAGCUGCUGAGACCGCCAGGGCCGCGGCUGCGCGCUUUCGGGGAAUUCCCUUGAAUUCGUCAACUAUUAAUGUGGCAAGGGGACGCCGCCAACAUAACACCGCAAACCGUCGCCACUACUUGGCACUACUGAACAUUUUCGGCACGAAUGGCGCCCCACCUGCCAUAACGCCUCUGGCCGCCGGCUCGGAAAUUGCCAUGGCUUCAGAAGCUCCAGGAGCCGCAGUAUUUGAAGGAGUUCCAGUGUCUGCAGGAGGCCCUAUGUUUGGAGGAGUUCCAGUAUCUGCAGGAGGUCCAGUGUCUGGGGGAGCCCCAGUAUCUGCAGGAGCCUUAGUAUUUGCAGGAGGCCCAGUGUCUGGAGGAGUUCCAGUCUCUGAAGGAGCACCAGUAUCUGCAGGAGUUCCAGUAUUUGCAGGAGGCCCAGUCCCUGCAGGAGCCCCAACAUCUGAAGGAGCCGCAGUACCUGCAUUAGCUCCAGUAUCUGCAGGAGCCCCAAUAUCUGAAGGAGCCGCAGUACCUGCAUUAGCUCCAAUAUCCGCAGGAUCCCCAGUAUCUGCAGGAGUUCCAGUAUCUGCAGGAGCCGCAGUAUCUGAAGGAGCUGCUGUCGCUCUGAGACCUAUGCCGCCAUUAGUGCCAUUCUCCCAGAUGAUCUCGGCAGGUGGAUCAGCCGAUAGACCCAUGCCGCCGCUACGGCCAUUGCCCGGUGCAUCCCGCGGAAUUGCGUCAGGCGAAAGUGCGCCAAGCGAAAGUGCGCCAAGCGGAAGUGCGUCAGGAAGAAGUGCACCAGGCGGAAGUGCUCCAAGCGGAAGUGCGCCAAGCGGAAAUGCGCCCACGACUUCAAGACAACGUAAUGAGCGCAGUGCCGCACAGAGGAUUCGACGAGAAUUGGAUGCAUUUAUGCGGGAUACACCAGAAGGCUGCCAAGUGGAGGUUGAGCGGGAUAUAUUUAAGUGGAAGGCAACCAUCAAGGGCCCCGAAGGAACUCCCUAUGAGGGGGGCGUAUUUCAUUUAGAUUUAGUUUUUGGCGAAGAAUAUCCCUACAUGCCACCGAAAGUGUCCUUCCGUACCAAGAUCUAUCAUUGUAAUAUUGCGUCCUCCGGAAACAUUUGCUUAGACAUCCUCUCGUCGGAAUGGUCCCCAGCCUUAACUGUUUCAAAGGUGUUGAUAUCAGUUAUUUCGCUGCUGGGGGACCCAAAUCCGGACGAUCCGUUGGUACUCUCAUUUGCUUCCUUGCUAAAGCAUGACCCCGAGGCAUAUGAGGCCAAUGCACGCCUCUGGACCAGCACCUAUGCUGUACCGGAUCUGGAUGAUCCGAACUCGGAAUAGACACAUUUGCAAGUUGGCAAUAUUUUUAUUAUGUAUAAAUUUUGAUGUACCUUAUGCUUUUUACGCAACAACAUAA